AUGCAGCUGCUCUACAAUGACAUUCCUUUGCCGCCCCCCUACAAGUUGCUGGAGUAUUUGCUUGUAGAGGAGCCUGUAAGCAACAAGCUCCACUUGGAGCUCACCCAACUGGCUCCUGUUGAGUGCAUCCAAUUUGUUGUCAAGUGCUUUGUGCCAAUGCUGCACUUCCUUUGCCACAUUGCGUUCAAGCCUGGUCCAUGCUUUUGCCAUUCAAUUUCCCACCUGUUCCCCAAUCUUCCUCCGCUUUGCCUUGUGGAAAGGUCUGAGAUCAUGCUGAGAGGCGCAAAGCUUUGGGAUGCUGUGCAUUUUGAGGUCCAACACUUGCUGAAGCAGCUCAUAUGCUUUUGA